AACCGUGCUCUUUUUGUCGGCUCAUAUUGUAAUAAUUAUGUUGUCCAUCAUUGAACUCCAUAAUAAUAUAUUCAUAUUUAUAUUAUCAUAUUUAUCAUAGAAAGUUCAAUGAAUAAUUGUAGACGGAGUUUGGUCUGCUUAUCUCAAAUCUUUUUUUUUAGAAUGUCAAAUAUAAAAACAAAUUCUACUACUACCAAGUUAAGAAGUAAUGAAGCAUCAAAAUGUCGUUCUCAAAAUCGACCAAAUUCUGAUUUUGACUUGCAAGUAGAUUCUGUAGCAUCUGGCUCUUCACAGAUUUCAAAACCAGCAAUAAUUUCUGAACCUCGUCGACAGAAAUAUGGAGGUAGAGGAAUGGCCAUUCAACAACUAGGUGAAUCUAUAUCUGUAAACAACAGCAUGAAAAAUUCAAAUUUGAACUUUUCAAAUGCAAGCAUAGAACGUCAUUUCAAUAGACUUAAGGAAGAAAAUGCAAAAAAACUUAAUGAAGAAAAUGAAAAGAUUUGGGGAACAUUGAUACAUUCAAAUAAGAAUACAUAAUAUUUAAAAGGUAA